AUGCCCGCCACUCUUGAUGUUGUUGAACAUAAUAAAAAUGAAACUUUUUCAAGCGUGUCACCAUUUUUAGUUCAAAAGGCCGUAGCUGCAACUGUUGGAGAAGUUACAUCUAUCCGGAAAAUGCGCUCUGGUGACUUGUUAGUAGAGGUGAAUUCUCGAAAGCAAGCCCAGCAGCUACAGAAACUGAAGGCAUUAGCAACAAUAGCCAUCACAGUCAGUCCUCACCAAUCUCUGAAUACCUCUAAAGGUGUUAUUACCUGCGGAGAACUGUUAAAUGUCCCAUUAGAAAUUAUUAAAAAAGAAAUGAAACCACAAGGAGUAAUAGAUGUUCGGCGUAUAAAUAUAAAGAAAGAUGGACAACUUAUGGAAACCAAACAUCAUAUUUUAACAUUUCAAACACCAAAUUUACCCGAGUUCGCUUAUGCAGGAUACAUUAGAUUACCAGUCCGUCCGUAUAUUCCAAACCCUCUUAGAUGUUUUCAGUGCCAGCGCUUUGGCCACUCAAAGCUGAAUUGCCGCGGGUCACUCACUUGUGCCCGAUGUGCUACCAGGCGUAAAGUGCAAACACAAACUCCUACCCCUGGCAUAAGUUAUUCUUCAGCAGUUAAAACAUCAUUUUGCGAGAACUGCUCUUGUAAAAAUUGUAAAAACCUUGCCACAAAACCUAGAAAUCCCAGGAAAAAUUCCGAUUCCGAUACAGACCAUUCUACAAGUGCACCUGAAACAUCUCAAGUUGGCAAACUAAAUCCAAAAGCUAAACGAAAAUCUCAAAAUUCACUGAAACUGCAGCUUGCAAAACGCGGCCUUUCGCAUAAGGACCUCACUCUGAAAUUAAAAAAGUCCAAAUCAAAAAAUUCCGUCGCCUUAGGGUUAGCGACGCAGGGUGUGGUCCAUAAGGACUUGACAUCUAUCUUCGGUGAUAUUCCCCAUAAUAACCCUGAUAUAAAAUUACACCCAUCUGAGGAUGAUGAUGACUUGGAGAUGAGUUGCGAAAUUCAGGCAACUCCAACCACUGCCUCUUCUGGUUCCUCUUCAAAAAGACUCUCUUAA